AUGUUCCUUGUAGCAGCUCUGGAAGGUGCCCGGUCCCAGGUGCAGCUGGUGGAGUCCGGAGGGGAUGUGAAAAAGCCCGGAGACUCUCUCCGCCUCUCCUGCAAAGCCUCCGGCUUCACCUUCAGCAGCUACGCUAUGAGCUGGGUCCGCCAGGCUCCCGGGAAGGGGCUGGAGUGGGUCUCUCUCAUUUACAGUGAUGGGAGCCAACAGUUUUACGCAGACUCAGAGAAAGGCCAAUUCACCAUCUCCAAGGACACCAACAACCUGCUGUAUCUGCAACUGACCGGUCUGAAGCCCGAGGACACCGCCCGGGAUCGCUGUGCGGGACACACAGUGCGGGGCGCCGGGCUGAGCUCAGACAGAAACCCGCCCUCUCUGGCUAAGCACAAACUCUCCGCUGGGGGGCGCUGCAGUUCUACAGCUCGCAGCGCAGAGACCGUGAGCGAGAAAACUCCGGUCCGCAGCUGGGCUCUGAGCCGGGCCAGGGGUGAAUGUGAUUCUCGUUCUGUCUUUCCAGGUGUCCGGUCCCAGGUCCGGUUGGUGGAGUCCAGAGGCGGGAUUCAAACCCCUGGGGGAUCUCUCCGCCUCGCCUGCCAAGCCUCCGGAGUCACCUGCAGCAGCUACUUCAUGGACUGGGUCCGACAGGCUCCGGGGAAAGGGCUGGAGUGGGUCGCACAGAUACGCAAUCCUGCUUCUAGCUCAGCAGCCUAUUACAGUGACGCGGUUAAAGGGCGAUUCACCAUCUCCAGGGACGAGUCCCGCAGCUCGGUGUAUCUGCAGAUGAACAGCCUGAGAGCCGAGAACACCGCCCGGUAUUACUGUGCGAGAGACACAGCGAUCAGAAACCUCCUGCGCAGCUACUCGAUGGGCUGGGUCCGCCAGGCUUCCGGGAAGGGACUGAAGUGGAUUGGGGAACUACACUCAACUUCAACUACCAUCAACUACGCCCAGACCUUCAAGGGACGCUUCACCAUCUCCAUGGACAACCCCAACAACCUGCUGUAUCUACAACUGACCAGCCUGAAGCCCGAGGACACCGCCCGGUAUUACUGUGCGCGAGACACAGGGCCCGGUCACAGUCCAGUACUGAAGAAGCCCGGAGAAUCCACUCGGCUGAAAUGCGCCUCGAGCGGGUUCACUAUCACCAACUAUUAUAUGGACUGGGUCAGACAGGAGCUGGGAAAGGGGCUGGAGUGGCUGGUCAGCUACUGGAAACCAAGGCAGAGCGAGUAUUAUUCUCUCACCAUCCAGGGGCACUUCUCAGCCUCCAAGGACAGCUCCAACUUCUACCUGCAAAUGACCGGCCUGACACCCGAGGACACCACCAUGUAUUACCAUGUGAGAGACACACAGUGA